UUGUUACUGGGGCUAUAAUGAGGAUAUUAGCGGGCAAUUCAGGCGAGGGAGGCGUUUCUGUGUGGGAUUUUGGUGGGGAUAGAGUCCUACGACGGGUGGGUGACAUGUUCAACAGGUCGUUUGUUGCGGAGAAGCUGUGCGUGUUUUCGCAUCUUUCGAAGAAGUUCGUUGUGUGUGGUCGGGCUGGUAGGUAUCUUGAUAUCUUUGAUGAAGAAUUCAAUCACCUGCAGACGUUGAAACUUGAGCGUUUGAGGUCAGACCUGAGCGACUAUUUCGUCAACAUUGAGGUUCUUGAGAUUGGAGGCGCUGAGUACAUCUUGACAACGUCUGUCGCUGGAUUCUGCUUCCGAAUUCCUUUAGCUUUGGCACUUGCUGGUGAGGUUUUCACAGUUGGAAGACCCGUGAAUCUAUACGGGUGUAUAACGUUCUCCAGGACGGUACAUAACCCAAGGCCCAGUCUCAUAGUCGGAGGUAAGGACCGGGCAUUGACUGUGAUGGACUGCGAAGAGAUGGAGAUCAGUUGGAAAUCCAUGCGAACGUCAAAGAUCAGGCACGGCAUGAGUUACAGCAGCGAUAUGGAGAAAAUGAGGAGCACACCAAUAUGGUUUCAAGACGUUGUGGUUGACGGUGAGAAAUUCAUCGUUGCAACGAGAUACGGACAACUCUGGAUCUAUCAUAGUGAACUCUCACGGCAGCCAGUGGACGUUAUAACGGUGUGUGAUAAUCCAAUACGGCACCUCCAUAGGAUUGAUAAUACCCUGUUCAUUGCAGAUGCUUUCAACAACGUUGUCUUGGUUCAUCUGCUGAGGCUGACUGUGAUGAGCAGAUUCAAGUUACAAAUCGGGCCUCUGGGUGCUAUGAAGAUACAAAAGUUGAGGAAUGGAAGACAUGGCGAAACCAGGUUCCUGGUGAUUGCCACUGCGACUGUGGAUAGGUGUCUAAGGAUCUAUCUCGUUGAGGACGGUGUCUGCAACUGUAUUGCAUCCACUCCAGUCACAGUUAGAGUAACAGAUCUUGAAAUAUUUGACGUGGACGGCCUUGAUACUGUUGCUCCUCUAGAAGAACUCGACGAUCUGCCAGAUCACCUGGACAAAAGACAGAGACUUUAA